CUUGCCGACCUGCACGACUCUGGCCAUGGGGAACAGCCACUGUGUCCCUCAGGCCCCCAGGAGGCUCCGGGCCUCCUUCUCCAGAAAGUCCUCACUGAAGGGAAACAGAGAGGACGGCGCACGGAUGCCGGCUGGCCUGCUGGGCCCCGAGGCUGCUCGAAGCGGGGACGCCGCCGCCAACAAGCUCUUCCACUACAUCCCGGGCACGGACAUCCUGGACCUGCAGAACCAGGGAGGAAACCUGGAGCAGCCAUUCCUGAGUGUGUUCAAGAAGGCGCGGCGGAGGGUGCCUGUGAGGAACCUGGGAAAGGUCGUACAUUACGCCAAGGUCCAGCUGCGGUUCCAGCACAGCCAGGAUGUCAGCGACUGCUACCUGGAGCUGUUCCCCGCCCACCUGUACUUCCAGGCCCACGGCUCGGAAGGACUCACCUUUCAGGGGCUGUUACCACUGACGGAGCUGAGCGUCUGCCUGCUGGAGGGGUCUCGAGAGCACGCCUUCCAGAUCACAGGCCCGCUGCCCGCACCCCUCCUGGUGCUCUGCCCCAGCCGGGCCGAGCUGGACCGCUGGCUUUACCACCUGGAGAAGCAGACGGCCCUCCUUGGGGGGCUGCAACACUGCCACUCGGCACCGCCACAGGGGUCCUGUGGAGACGAGCUCCCCUGGACUCUGCAACGCCGCCUAACCCGGUUGCGGACGGCGUCAGGGCACGAACCCAGCGGCAGCGCUGUCUGUGCCUCAAGGGUCAAGCUGCAGCACCUGCCCGCACAGGAGCAGUGGGACCGGCUCUUGGUCCUGUACCCGACGUCCCUGGCCAUUUUCUCCGAGGAGCUGGACGGGCUUUGCUUCAAGGGGGAGCUCCCACUCCGUGCGGUCCACAUCAACCUGGAGGAGAAGGAGAAGCAGAUCCACUCCUUCCUGAUCGAAGCCCCUCACAGCAUCUGUGUGCCAGGCCCCCUCAUCAACACCAUCCGCGUGGUGUGCGCCAGCUACGAGGACUACAGCCACUGGCUGCUGUGCCUUCAUGCCGUCACCCACAGGGAGGGGGCCCCGCCGCUGCCUGGCGCCGAGAGCUUCCCAGGGCUGCAGGUUACGGGCAGCGGCCGAGGCUCACUGUCCUCAGGCGGACGGACCAGCUGGGACUCGGGGUGCCUGGCGCCCCCCUCCACACGCACCAGCCACUCCUUGCCUGAGUCCUCAGUGCCAUCCACUGUGGGCUGCUCCUCCCAGCACACACCGGACCAGACCAACUCUGACCGCACCAGCAUUGGCCGACGGAGGACUGAGCUGAGACGUAGCAGCAGCCGGUCACCCAGGAGCAAGGCCCGGGCAGAGGGCCGCGGCCCUGCCACCCCACUGCACCUGGACCUGACCCAGCUGAACAGGCUGAGCCUGGAGAACAGCCCAGACGCCCCUGACCACGCUUCGGAAACUUCACACUCACCCCUCUACGCUGACCCCUACACGCCCCCCGCCACCUCCCACCGCAGGGUCACCGAUAUCCGGGGCCUGGAGGAGUUCCUCAGUGCCAUGCAGAGCUCACCUGGACCUGUGCCCUUGAGCCCACUCCCCUUGGUGCCUGUGUCUGUGCCUGCCUCUGACCCCGGCUCCAGCUCCUCUGGCCCCUCGGGCCCCCACUUGCUCUCCAAGAAGGGAGUCCUGCAGUCCAGAGCCCCUCAGAGACACCGGGGCUCAGCCAAGGACGGGCGGCCGCAGCCCCCAGACUCCCCUCAGCUUGUCUCCUCUGCCAGGGAAGGUUUGCCUGAACCCCGGCUGCCUCUGACAGAUGGCUGGUCCCCCAGGAGGAGCCAAGGUCCCGGCUAUGACCACCUCUGGGACGAGACUUUGUCUUCCUCCCACCGGAAGUGCCCCCAGCUUGGAGGACCUGAGGCCAGUGCGGGUCUGGUGCAGUGGAUCUGAUGGCCACAGUGAGGCCGGCUCUCAGGACCACCCUCACCAAGCUCCAGGGUACCCGCCCCUCUAACCCACUUCAAAUUACAAGUCAGGGUCUGAACCCAGUGUGAUGGGGGGGUCUCCGGGGCCCUGAGUUCAGAGCCUGUCCCUCGGCUCCUGCUCCUCAGUGCCAGCAGAUGGGGCAGGGAGGGGCAGGAAGGGCUCACCCCAAGGAUGCCCUGGCUGGCGAGGUGGGUCACAGGUCAGGGAGGUCCUGGCCAUCCACAGGGUCGGCCCUCAGCUCAGCUCGCCAGGAGUCGGGGGGAGACUCACUGGGAGUGGGAGGGGGGCGGCAUGGGCGUGAAGGUCGGAGGAAAGAGAAAGGUCAGCAGGGUCAGGGUAUGUGAGGUCAGAGGGCAUGAGGGUCACAGGUCAGCAAGGUGUGAGGAGCACUGGCCAGGGUGUCCCAAGGAAGAGGGCGGGUGGGUCCUUGCAUGGCCUGGGCAUGCGCCAUAGG